AUGGACUUCGGUUACUCAGUUGGAGCGGGACACCCAACCCAGGCGUACAUUCUGUACGAUUCUAUUGAUGCUGCUACGGCUGCUGUGAAGCAAAUGCGUGGAUUCCCGUUAGGGGCACCGGAUCGUCGUAUUCGUAUCGAUUUUGCUGAUAACGGAACAGGCGGUGAGUAUCGUCGCGGCCCCGACUACGAAUAUCCGGAAGGCGGUGCAUCAUACGAGGAAAAUUCAUCGUACGGCUAUGGUGGAAGACCGUUCCGCGGCCGUGGAGGAUUCCGCGGACGUGGUGGUUUCCGUGGCGGUUUUCAUCGUGAUGGCCCACCGCACCACGGGGACAAUGAUGGAUGGCGUCGAUCAGGAGCCGAUGGCGAAUAUGAUUCACGCCGUCGUUCUGGAUCACGUGAACCAGGAAUCGAUAGAUCUCGCUCCCGUUUACCGAGGCGACGCAGUCCGGCUGAUUCGGAUUCAGAUUCGUCUUCUCGUAGGAAUGGCAUGUUAUCGAAUGCAAGAACGUUACCAGAAGUGGCACGGAAAUCUACCAUAGUCUGGCAAGGGGCACUGAUUUUGAAGAGUUCACUAUUUCCCGCCAAGUUGCACCUAACGGACGGAGACAACGAAAUAGUGGACAGCCUGAUGAAGGACGAGGAAGGUAAACACCACCUUCGUAUUACUCAGCGACUACGCCUCGAUCAACCCAAGUUGGAAGAUGUGCAGAAGCGCAUAUCGACGUCAUCGUCGCACGCAAUCUUCCUCGGCCUGCCGGGAUCGACGUCAUCGGUUGCAUCGUCGGAUGAUGCCAGCGUUCAGACCCGUCCACUGCGUAAUCUCGUGUCCUACCUGAAGCAGAAAGAAGCGGCCGGCGUUAUAUCCUUACUCAAUAAGGAAACGGAAGCAACCGGUCCUGGUUGUGAACAUUGGCGUCGUCGUCAUGCUCAUGUUCGUCGUCACGGUCGUGGUCCAUACAGUUGUCAUAAUGAUCGUUCUCGUUGUGCUGCAUAA